AUGGCGCCGCUGGAUCUGGACAAGUGUUUAGAGAUAGCGCGGCAGUGCAAGCACCUUCCAGAGAACGACCUGAAGCACCUGUGUGACUAUGUUUGUGAUCUACUCAUGGAAGAGUCAAAUGUUCAGCCAGUGUCAACGCCAGUAACAGUAUGUGGGGACCUUCAUGGACAGUUUUAUGAUCUUUGUCAACUAUUCAAAACUGGAGGGCAGGUUCCUGACACAAAAUAUAUAUUUAUGGGUGAUUUUGUAGAUAGGGGUUACUACAGUUUGGAGACCUUCACUUACCUUCUUGCACUAAAGGCCAAAUGGCCUGGUAGUAUUACACUUUUAAGAGGAAAUCAUGAGAGUAGACAGAUAACUCAGGUGUAUGGAUUUUAUGAUGAGUGUCAACGCAAAUAUAAAAAUGCUAACGUCUGGAAAUACUGUACCAAAGUUUUUGACAUGCUCACAAUAGCAGCUUUAAUAGAUGAGCAGAUUUUGUGUAUUCAUGGCGGCUUAUCUCCUGAUAUCAAAACACUGGAUCAAAUUCGAACUAUUGACAGAAAGCAGGAUAUUCCACACAAAGGACCUUUUUGUGACCUGGUAUGGUCCGAUCCUGAAGAUAUAGACACCUGGGCAAUCAGUCCCAGAGGAGCAGGUUGGCUUUUUGGAAUAAAAGUCACCGAAAACUUCGUUCAUAUCAACAACUUAAAACUUAUUUGCAGGGCACAUCAGCUUGUGCACGAAGGCUAUAAGUUUAUGUUUGAUGAGAAGCUGGUCACAGUGUGGUCUGCUCCAAACUACUGCUAUCGCUGUGGAAACAUUGCUUCUAUCAUGGUCUUCAAAGAUGUCAAUAGGAGAGAACCAAAGUUAUUCCAGGCAGCUCCGGAUUCAGAACGUGUUAUUCCUCCCAAAACCAUGACGCCGUAUUUCCUUUGA